CUUUUUCUCGCUCUCUAAUGUACAUCACGAACUGGGAAGAGUUUCAAAAAGCAGCAGAAGAUAUAUACACUGCUUCUCCUGAACAAACACGUUAUGUUCAUACUUUUCACCGUUCUGAUGGGGAUCUCGUAUUAAAAGUGACAGACGAUAGAACUAAUGUCAAGUACAAAACAAACCAAAUGACAGAUUUAAAAAAGUUUAUUCAUUUAAACAACGAAUUGAUGUUAAAGAUGAUGAAUAAGGAGAAGACAGACCCUGACACAGUGAUACCCGAUGCUCCAGCAACAAAGAGCAUUGUUCCUGAAGUAAAGACAGCCUCACCUAAACAAACACCAAAAGGAGGAAAGAAGGGCAAAAAGAGACGAUAGAAGUUUACAUUGUCAUAAUAAAAAAAGAAAAAGAGAAAGAGAAUCACUUUUUAUUUGUUUAUUUAUAUUACUUAUUGUUGGUAAGAAAAGACGUUCUUCAAGU